GGUACUUAAUUUUUAACUUUCGAUAUGACGUAUUCAAAUUUGACAAUACCAACGCCGUGUUUGGAUCUUGCUAUGGAAGGUGAAAGAUUUUGCCGUGAAGGGGACUGGAAUAAAGGAAUAUCUUAUUUUCUUAAAGCACUAGCGAUCGGAACAGAUGAUCUUAGUUGUUUAUCAGUCGUUUAUUGUCAGCUGGGCAAUGCUUAUUUCUACCAACAAGACUACACCAGAGCCUUGGAAUAUCAUCGUUGGAACCUUGCUCUAGCUAGAAGAAUGGGUGAUGGUAUUGGUGAAGCAUUUGCAACAGGAAAUCUCGGUAAUACACUUCAAAUGAUGGGCAAAUAUGACGAGGCAAUAAUGUGUUUCUCGCAUGAAUUAACAAUUGCUAGACACUUAAAUGACAAAAGGACAGAAGCUGGAGCGUUAUACAAUCUAGGUAGUGUAUAUCAAGCCAAAGGAAAACAAUGGUUACCGGAUUCUGGGGAAUUCCCAGCUGAUGCAGUUAAAGCACAAAGAAAAGCUGCUGAAUACUACAAAAUGGGUCUUGAAUUAGUUCGAGUACUUGGUGAUCGACCUGCUGAAGGUCGAGCUCUUGGUAGUCUAGCAAAUGCUUAUUAUCUAUUGAGUAAUUUCACUGAAGCAAUUGAAUGUUAUAGAGAACGUUUAAAAAUUGCUAAAGAAUUUGGUGAUCUAACUGCUCAACGACGUGCUCAUAGUAAUAUUGGCAAUGCAUUUAUAUUUUUAGCUGAUUUCAAUGCGGCCGUUGAACAUUAUCGAGAAGCAUUACAAUUAUCAGUACGUUUAAAGGACACAUCACUUGAAGCUCAAGCUUGUUUCAGUUUAGGAAAUACAUAUAUUCUAUUAAGAGAACCCGGUACUGCUGUUGUAUUCCUACUGAGACAUCUCAUUAUUGCUCGUGGUCUAUCCGAUCGUAUAGGUGAAGGUCGAGCACAUUGGUCAUUAGCAAAUGCUUAUACUGCAUUAAAAAGAUAUGAUCUAGCUUUACGUUGCUCUAAACGUCAUCGUCGAAUUGCUUGUCAGCUAGGUGAUACCACAGGCUAUAUGACAGCUCAAUUGAUGAUUGGUGAAAUCUGUAAUUUAAUGACAAAUACACAAAUAGAAUCCUCUACUCUGAUUGGUGCUUCUAAUGAAAAUGAUCAAAUGAACUUACAAUCAAACAAUUCAAAUCCAACUAUAAAUUAUUCGUCUGUAAAACAGAGUUGUUUACUAGAUAUAAAUAAUUCAAAAUUAAAUGAAAAUAUUCUUUUUUUUAAAAAUAACCAUAAGUUACCAUGUGGUACAAAUAAUAACAAAUGUUGCAUUGAUGUGAAUAACAAUAGUAUUAGUACUACCACGACUACUAUUUCUAAUCCUACUAAUAUUAUUUUAACAAAUAGUACUUGUACUACUAAUAAUUUUUCAAAUAAUUCUUCCACUGAUCUUCAUAUUAAUGAUGAAAAUAAUAAUUCUAAUAUAAUAAAUGGAUUAAUUUCACAAUCAUUAUUGAAUUCCUCCUCUAAAACAAUCGAUCCCGUUGAAAACAUUGAUAUUGCUAAUAGUCGAAUUGAGAUAAACAGUUCACAAUCAACUGUAACUAGUAAUUUUCCUACUACCACUAUUCCUUCUCUUACAACUGUAUCAACUAAUAUAAUUGAUAGUAAUCAUAAUACUGAAAAUCAUUCACAUAAAGUAGUAAUUAAAAAUGAUAAUGGUGAUGUUGAUGAUAAUAAUAAUCAAGAUGAUCUAGAUUUGGAAUUAGAUAAAGAUUUAGAAAAUGAAUUACUUGAAAAUUAUGAAGGUAUACUUGAAACAGUGGAAUUUGUAACUGUUACAGAAGAUGGACAAACUGUCAUUUCACAAAUGGGUUGUUUGGAUGUUCCAACACCUGUUCUAUCAGAAUCGAAAAAGGAAAACAUGGUUGAAUUUUAUUUAAGUGCCCCAUCAUUUCGUCCAAGUUUAUCUCAACAAAUUGAUAUACCUAAUCUUCAAGAUAUUGAAGGCAAUUUAGAAUCAAUUGAAUCCAUGUCUCAAAUGAAUAGAAAUUCUAAUUUAUCAAGUGAAAAUUUAGAUUCUGGAAAUGCAUAUAACACUGUUGGUACUAGUUCGUCAGCAGUUACAGUCGCUGCUGCAUCUCUGGUUGAAGAAGAACGUUCAGUAGAUCAAGAAAUGUUUUUCUCACUUCUACUUGAAUCACAGUCUCGUCGUAUGGAUGAACAACGUUGUUAUUUACGCACUACUGGACAAGGUACACCACCAAUUCAAUCGAUUGAAACAAGUAAUGCAGAAGAGUCAAACAAUGUUCAGUUAUCAUCUGGAAAUCCUCGUCAUACACCUGAUUAUGAUAACUCUUCACUCCGUAAUCAAAUUGGUACAAAUGAAGAAGCUUUCUUUGACUUAAUCGAAGGGGUUCAGGGUGCUAGAAUGAAUGACCAACGAGCCAACUUGUCUGUUUUCCCUGGUCUACGUUCUGGUCCAGGUCUUCAUUUAUUAGAUAAUAAUAAUAACGACCGUUAUUUCGGUUCAACCAAUUCAGUGUUCAAAUCAACAAGUAGCUGUGCAAGUGAUGGCCUUCCAGAACCUAGACUACGCAAUAAUAGCAGUAAUAAUGAUGAUGUCACUGGAGUAUUUGAUCAUAAUUCAACCACCACCACUACAGUUCCUGCUACAAGAGCUAGUUAUGGCGGCGGUGAAGCAGGAAGAGCAGUAGUAAGGGGAGGAGUAGGAAGUACUGUUGCUGGUAGUGAUGUUGAUACACGUGGACGUCGCGGUCAUAUUGUUUCAUCUACUGGUGAUUUGGACGAUGAGUUUUUAGAAAUGAUAUUUCGAAUUCAGACAUGUACACGAAUCAAUGACCAACGAACCAAUCUACCUGAUCCCCUUACUCAAGUUCAAUCACAUACUAAUCCAACCCAUCGUAUUAAUGACAAUGGUGAGGGUUCCAGGGAAAUUCGUCAACCAAUAAGUACAUCAGAAGCAACAACAUCUAAUUCACAUAGAGAAUUAACUUUAUACACUUCAUCCGGUGCAUUUAAUAAUUUAACAAAUCGAUAUUCUGUCCCAGCUGUCCUUGAUAAUGAAGACGAUGGUGAUGCUAACGAUCUAUUUGCAUUAAUUCAACGUGUUCAAUCGACACGUUUAGAUGAACAACGAUGUCAUCCACCGUUGUAAUAAUAUUAUUAUCUAGAAUCAUGUUUAUCAAACUGUGUGUGUAUGUCUGUAUGCUAUCGACAGAACAAUUUUUAUGUUUGUAAACUUCCUACACCACUUGAUUUGUAAAAUAAUAGUCAUAUGACUAAAUACGAAAUUCUAACAUUCCCCCCUCCGCAAAAAUCAAUUUUUGCGACAGUAGCCGUGUCGACUGAACAAUGUGGAAUAAUGAACAACAACAUGCAGAAUAAACAAUUGGGAGUAAAAGAGAAAUUUGUCAGAAACGAUUGUGCAUUUGAAUGAAUUAUAUUAUAUAUAUAUUCUUUUCUUUUCCUAAUCACCACUUCGUCUUCAUCAUCUUCAAAACAUAUUUAGUUUCAUAUUGUCACAACUGAACUAACUUGUAUCUCCUUUGGUUUUUUUAUUCCUGAAUUAUUAAUCUUUGAUUGAAACUCGUGAAUCGUCACUAUUUUUUACCUUUGCUUAAUCUGACAAAGAUAAUCUGUAAUUCAUGAUAAAUUAAAGGUUGUUAAGUUUUUUGGUGUUUCCUGCGUCUUACCUCUGAUUGUUCGCUUCCCCACGCCCUGCUCCCCACUGUCAACAACUUCAUUCCUUUGAGGUGUAUGUUGUCAUCCUGAUUUUUUUCCUCGCAUUUUGAUUUCUAAUACAGAGGUUGUCUAUAGGUAGAUACUCUUGAUAAGUUUUGACUAGCUGUAAUCCUUUGUUUUUCGUAUAAACCAGCAGUAAAUAACACUAAUAUUAAUCAUAAUAGUAUUAGUAUAUAUCAGUAAACCAGAUAAGAUUAAAUAAGUACAUUACUCUUUGUACAAAUAUUGCAUUACGCUCUCACUUCUUCCUAUUGAACCAUGUUUAAUUUGCCCAAACUCUCGAGGUACCUCAUGGUCCUAUUUAUUUCUAUAUUCUGUGUCUGAUUAAUGUAUUUGUGUAUCUGCAUAGAAACCUCCCAUUAUUAUUAUUAUUAUUAUUAUUAUUAUUAUUAUUAUUAUUAUUAUUAUUAUUACUCAAUAUUUGUAUAAACAAAUAAGUGUAUUGUGCAUAAACUUUGUACUUGUGAGUGUUUGCUUCCUCUCUGUGUCUGUCUUUUGGCUUGUGUGUUUCUUUUUGAUUACCCUUUGCUGUUUCAAUGUAUCUAACUGCUAAUACAGUCAGUGUAAUUUUUCAUGUCACCACUUUCUCUUGGUUUUUUCUUAUAGUUCUGUUUUGUUUCAUCAUUACCUUUUCUGAAUUUUUAUCUAUCGUAUUGUCCUCUGUUUCUCGCGCAUAUUCAUGUUUUAUUAAGAAAACCAUAUUUGAUAACAAAAAAUAGGUGUAUUUUUUAAAUUUUAUUUAGUUGAAAAGAUAUUCUACAAUUUUUGGUACUUUUGACUCAACUGUGACAGUAAUAUCGGGAAGUUGUUAAUCCAUUCGAAAAUAAUCUGAAUAACCUACGUUGAACUAAUCGAUCAUCUGACAUUCUUAUUUCAGUUGUUAUUGUGUUAGAGGUAGCUUUGUUCAGCUUAUUAAUCUCAUAUUGACUGUAUAUAGGUUUUAAUUUUUUUUCUUCACUAGUUCAACAUUAUUUAUGUAUCACUUGUUACAUGGUUAAUAGAUCAUGCGAAUCCCC